AUGGCCACGCUUUCUCCCACCCCAGAAAUCGACGGGAACUACAAAUACGGCUUCAUCCCCACUGAGGGAAAUACCACCGAACAACUGAACCGAGCUCGCGUCCACUUCAUCCUCAAUAAACCGCCGCCGCUCAACGAUAUCCGCAAAACGUGCACCCAUAAGAACAGAAUCGUCUGCAUUGAAGAAGGCAGCGAUACAAACAUCAUGGCUGCCGAUAAGACACUUGGCAUCGGCCCUUCAGCUGCCUGUGACAAUGGCUGCGAUACGGUAACAUGCACGGGGCUUAGGCAGCUUAGGCUAGUGAAUAAGCUGAAUGGUAACAAGAGGGCUGAAACAAAGCAUUUGUGCAAUUGCCGUGGCCUGAGGACUCUGAUAUUAGUGGACCGAUUCAAGGAGGCCAAUAGUGGAUGCGGAGCAAGUAAAGAGGGGUGCAGGAAAUUUUAG